GCAUCCCCAUAUUAUGGCUCCAUCAGACUGAAACAUUCUCUGCUCAUGAGGACGGUGGUGUGACUGCGCUCCUUUGAGUCUUACCGACAUGGCAGCCGGAACAAGAGUUGGACAACAAGGACCUGGAAUGUUGACAGCACGAUCAGAUUUCACUCACUGAGGACUCGCAUUCCGGUCUUUCGGCUACGCUCAAUGACGCGUUGUUUUGGGGCAUUUAAUCAAAUAUUUUCCUCAUUCUUGUUUUCCUUAUCAGACACUUUAAAAGGGCAGGCAACAACAAUAAUAUACAUACUAUGAAACGUGCAACUUCGUGUUUUUGAUUUGUGUAGGAUGGUUGGAAAUGCACCGCAACAUCAUUGCCUUUGGUCUGCUGCGGGUCUGACGUACGUGUCCGCUACCAUCCUGAAGAGUUAAAGAGAUACUGUACCACUAUGGAGUCGUUCACGGUCUUUGUCAUCUUACCCACGGAAGAUGUCUGCUCCAUACGCAACCUCACUUCUGGCCUCACAGUUCGUCACAUUCGGUUCCGUCUAGAGAUGAUGGCGGGUCUCCCCGGCCAGACGUACAAGCUACUGGGGUCCCAAGGUCAGUGUUUCCAUGACGACCACCAGCUGGUGCUACAUAGUACGGUGUGGGACGGCUUCCUGUUCCGGGCACAGAUGCUGGACAGCUGGCUCCCGCUGUAUGAGGCCGUGCGCCGCGGUGACGUCAGCUGGGUCAUCAGGUGUAAAUCCAAAUGGAAGGACGCCGUUCGGUCGCACCCCAGCGUUUGCCGCGGCCUACAAAGACAACGAUACCAUCCUGGAAUGUCUGCUCACUCACGGUGCUAAGUUGUCGUUCAAGGACUCGCGGGGCGACACAUGCAUGGACCUGGCCCGAAGAAAUUUCUCUCGUCAGUGCAUCAACAGAAUACGGACAUUCCAGCUCGUCAAAAGAGGACAUUCAAACUCACGCAGUAAAUCCCCGAGUCUAGUAGGACCCACCCCCUCCCCUAGAGCGAACCGCAGCGAUUUGAGGAGCGUUGACGGAAGUGUGACGUCCUCCUCAAGAGAUCGGCCCCCAGCAAUGGCGUCAAGUUUCAAAACCCCGCCACAGUAUAAGACCGAGAAGUUUUCAGAACGUAGUAUGGGUAGUACGUCAUUGGAGCAGGGGAGGAAAUCUCUGAUUCGCGCAGAUACAAACAGACUGACGUCCUCGCAGGAUUCUCUGCCAGCGCGACAAAACUCCGGCGUGACCUCGCCAUGCAAGGGCUCAGUAGACGGCCCCGGUUGCUUCCGACAAGACGCCCCGACAAGACAACAGGCUGUUGGAGUUCGAUUCCGAAUAGCCGUACCGCCUGUUACUGAUAAACCCUCCACAAAUAGCCCCCGCCCACCCAGUGUUCUGACCCUGAGCGACGCUUUCACGUCUUCAGAACUCAUCACCAUCAAACCAGCGCGCAGAGAAGGCAAGUUCCAACCACAGAAGCCAGGGGGGUACCAAGCAAGCAGCGCGCCUCAUGAAAUACAGUGGUACCAUCAUGAGUCUGUGUUGAAAAUUCCGAACCCUGAACCCCCUGAGCGACCGUCGACAGCGAGAAGUGUUCGGACAGUGUCGUCCAUUAUGUCUGCUCCAGGAGUGUCCAGAGACGCUACCACCAUGACGUCAGACAACCGGAGUGUGGAGAGUGCGCCUCACUUCACGCCCACCGACGCGCACGACUCGGAGACUGACAAAGGUUCAAGGAACGUCACUUCCGGGAAAAGAUACCUACUGGUUUCCCGUCAAAAGCAACACGAGAGCUGGAAGACCGCCAAGCGUCGUAUUCGGUUGGCGGAGCAGCAGAAGCGCUCGUCUGGCCAAUCAGAACUCAAGAAACGCGAGACAUUUGACGAGUGGCUCAACCGGAAACGGAUGGCGAAGCGACAGGAAAGUUCCGAAGGUGAGUCUGGGGACAGUGAAAGCGACGAGGAAAAAAACGCCAACGCCUUUCAAGAGUGGUUGAAAGAGGUGCGGCUGCGACCCGGCAGUGUGGAGAAUCCAAAGUCUGCUGUGCACCUGCAGAAAAAGAAAAGCAGGCCUCUGAAAGGUCUGAUAGAGAUAGAGAAGUUGGGAGGGGUUGGCGAACGACAGAACAGUCCUAAGCCAUCUUCGUACAUGAACGCGCUGAACGAAUGGCGUGCGAGGAAAAAGAAGAUGACGGAAAGUGAAAGCGAGAAGAUAAAUGACGCAGUGGGGGCGAAGAAAGCUCUAGAAGAAAAACGACAGAAACUUCUAGCAAUGGCGAUAACUUACGACGAAUGGAUGGAGCAUACAGAAGAGAGGAAAACGCUGAUGAAACUCAUUUUGCAAGCAGACAAGAGGGAGCUAGAAGAGUUGGAAAAAACUCGAUUUACGAGCUCAAGUGCAGGGAGGGCAAUGACCUUUCAACAAUGGCGGGAGAAAACCGAGGAGAGAGAACGCAAGCAGAAAGCUGAGCAGCUGCGCCUUCGCAAAAAACAGGAAGACGAGAAGAGAGAGGGCGGCAGGAAUAGCACCGCUUUGUCGCACCAAGAAUGGGUCAGUUGGAAGUCUUCUCACCAGUCAGCCAAACCUCAGCCACAACAUCAGCAGCAGAACCGACUUCAACAACAGCAUCACCACCAAAAGAAACAACAACAACAACAGCAACAACAACUACAACAACAACGAAGUACUUCGGCAGUUCUCCAGCAAAACGAACUGCCACAGCGGCCGUCAGCUGCCGUCCGAAGAGCCCCGGAAGACGUCACUUCCGGGGACGACUCCGCCUUCCGGUCCUGGGUGAACCGGAAGUAUAAGGAGGAGGCAAGUCGAGUGGAGGCUAACAUCAGACGGGAACGACAAAUGGUCCUUGCUCUGAGGGAGAAGAGACAGACAGCUGAAGUGGUUUAGCGGAAAAGUAACUAUAGAAAGUGUGCGUGCAGGUUAAGUGUGCAAAGAAGAUAAUAUGAACAGUUAAUUUAUUUGUAAAAAACAACAACACUAAAACAAACAAACAAACCUAAAAAAAAACCCACAUUAAUUCGCCUCUGUACUGUGCUUGAAGUGUAAUCAUUUAAUAAACUGUCCGUUUGUGAAUGGGCUACCUAGUGCCACACGUUUACAUAAUUAUUUAUUGUGACGCUUUUGAGAAAAUGGAUGGGGAAAAAGAGAAACCACAUACCUCAUA